AUGAAGGAGAUGAACGGGAAUAAGGAGGGAGAGCAAGGGGAAAGAGAGAAAACUGGAGAGAAAGUGGGAAAGUGGGAGAGAGGGGGAGGAGCAAGCCUAAGUAGUAUUCACGCCUAUGUCGUCACAGAAACUGCCACCGGGCUGGUGAAGUCCGCCAGCUUUGUCAAUCUUCAGUUCUGGCCGGUUCUCCCGGAUACGGAAUAUGCCAUGUCCAUCCCCAACUUUCAGCUUACUCCUCCAUUUGUCAUUCCUUACAGAAAAAUGGUAGUCUGUCUCUCACCGGGGCCAGAUGUGAUCCUAGCGCGGGCUGCAUAUGGGGUGUUGCUCCCAGCAGACUCGAUCGACAAGGUCGACAAGGUCUCAUUGAGUCGUCCUCAUCUCUUCGUCCAAACGACCACCACGCUAGAGCAACGUGGCACAGGCGGGAAUAAGGGAAUGGAGUCCGAUUUGUCCCCCCGGCAGGAUUUCAUUGCCGAGCUGCAAAAUCCCUAG